CAACCCUAUUCCAUCAUCACACUACACCACAAAAGAUUAGAUUCAAUCCCCAAAAGCAAAUUAGUACAACUAAUUUAAUCUUAGUUAAUUAAAUAAUGAAUUAAUCCCCCGUUUAAUUAAUUAAUCUCCAAAUAAAAUCACCCAACUACAGCAUCAUUAGAUGAUCCCUACUACAAGAACUUUCUUACCACCUAACCCCCUUUUAUUCUUCCUCUUCCCUCCCUUUUUUCUUUCUCUCUCAUAUCAUUUACCCAUUAAUGGACUGAACCAUACAAGCCAUUAGCAUACUUCCAAACCACCCACGUACAACAAUGGCGGCCAAAAUCAGCUUCAUCAACAAACUCUUUUUCUCUCUCCUCCUUCUUCUCCUUCAUGUUGGUUGCUUCUUUUUCUCCUCCAACAACAACAACAACAACAACAAAAACAAUAAUAAUAUUAAGGAUUUUAAUUAUUUACCAAACAAAAAAAGAAAAUCCUCCAAUAAUAAUAAUAACAUUUCCUCCCCUAAAAAGGCUUUUACCUCUUCUUGGUGUUUCCUUAAGCGAGUUUUCACCUCCUCUAAACGUACUACCAACCAAACACGCCCUUCAACUCCCACCAAUACUACAACUACGACGUCGUUUUCUUCUCCGAGGUCAUCUCAACACUCUAUUAAUGUUCCGAUGAUUCAAGACUCAGUGGAAGAGGUCGGUUCUCGCCCGCGUAAGCGUCGAUCCGGGUCAAGGUCCGAGUUCGAAUCUUCAUUAUGCGAAAACCCUUUCUUUCCCCUACGGAAUGAUAUAUUCCCUUGUCCUACUUGUGGUGAGGUCUUCCAGAAGCAGAACAUUCUAGAACAGCAUCAGUCUGUAAAGCAUGCUGUUUCGGAGCUCCGAGAUGGUGAUUCCGGUAAGAAUAUCGUUUGGAUCAUAUUUAAUACUGGAUGGACUGACAAAAACAAGCUUCCCAAAAUUUACCGUAUUUUGAAGAUUCAUAACUCCCAGAAGAUCCUCGCGAAAUUCGAGGAUUUCCGCGAGGCGGUGAAGUCUAAGGCGGCGCGUGAUGUUUCACGCGCUAAUGGUGGCGCAGGGACGCCAACGCGGCGAGACGAGAGGUGCAUUGUUGACGGUAAUGAGUUGCUGAGGUUUCACUGCACAACGUUUCUUUGUAACCUGGGGCAACAUGGUAAUUCCGCUUUAUGUAACCAGGUGUAUUGUAGUGCAUGUGGGAUUAUUCGGUCCGGGUUCUCGCCCAAAUUAGAUGGGAUUUCCACUUUUGCCACUAGUUUGCGGGCUCACGAGGCGAUCCCUGAUGACGUGGAGGCCGAGUUUGCAUUCAUGAACGUGAAGCGAGCCAUGCUUGUUUGUCGGGUCGUGGCAGGUCGGGUUGGAUGCGAUCCAAUGGUAGCUAAUAAAGAGGACCCGGGUUUCGACUCGUUAGUGGGACGGAACGCGGCGGGCUUGGGUAAGAUGGAUGAUGACGAGCUUCUUGUUUUCAACCCGCGAGCCGUGCUCCCCUGCUUCGUGAUCGUCUAUUCGGUCUAACCCGGAUAGCUGAUUGGGUCAGGUCGGGUUUGAGUCUAAGGGUUCGAGUUAGUAUUUUGGUAUCAUGUGGAGGACACGUGAGACCGAAUGAUGUUGGUCGUUAAUGAUAAAUUAAAGCAUGCAUCCGUUUUUGAUUAUGUAUGUAGUUGGAACUUGGGUGACAAUCAUAAUUAAACAAACUUGUAAAUAUUUUUCUAGCACUACUUAUCUAGUCCGUUGUCAUCAUGUGUGCUACUUAGGAUUUGCAAACUUUUAUUUUCCUUUCUUUUUCACCCAGAAAACUUGCAGUUUUGAUAAGGAGAUAGAUUAUGUACUAGGUAGGUGUGAAAAGCCUUCAAGUGUUGUUUGAUAUAGUUUGAAAGAUUAAAAUUUGGCCAUACUGGAAGUAUGAUCACUAGAGGCAGCCUCAUUAAUGUAAUACAAAGUAUUUGUGAUAUUAUAUACGGAGUACUACGUAUAGAGUAGCAAAUUAGUGACAAAUGUUUGUGUAAUAAAUUAAAUUUUAGGUAUCACAAAAUAUGAGCAUGUGUUCUUUUCUCUAUUGUGUUAUGCGAAAAGUGUCAUUUAAUUACGUAGUAAUUAAUUGGCAUCUAUUUGGCUCUA